AUGAAGGACGAAAGAUGUGUAUUUAUUAUAUUUCCAGAUGUUACCAACAAUUUUAAAGACGAAGAAGUUCUAGAAAAAUUAGAGAAAAAGGAUUUUAUUAUUUUAAGAAAAAAAAAAGUGCAUUUAGUAAAAAAUGAAAUAAAGGAAAUUUUUAAUUGCACACCUGAACAGUAUAAAAAUAUUAAUGAAUUUUAUGAAUAUAUAGAAAGUGGAUUAUCAGUUAUUUCUUUAAUAGAGCACAUAGAAGGAGAUACAUAUACGAAAUUGAGUUCUUUAGUUAAAAGAAAUUCUAUCUUAAUAAAAGAUGAAAAAUAUUUUGAAUGCUUGGAAUACCAAUGCAAUUUAAAUUGCAAAAAUGUUCCUUUUUAUUUUAGCAAAAAUUACUGGUUUUUUAUCCGAGAUCUAAAUUUUUUUUUUCGGCCUCAUGAAAAUAAUAACUUAGAAAGAACUUUAAUAAUAUUAAAACCUGAUGUUAUAGAACUAAAUCAUUUAAAUAAUAUAAUAAAUGAUAUAUUGAAUUUUGAUUUAUUAAUAGUUGCUAUAAGAAGAGGAAUAUUAUCUUAUGAUCGUGCAAAUAAAUUAUAUGAAGAUUUAUAUAGGAAGCCUUACUAUAAGAGCUUAAUCAAUUUUAUGACUUCUACCAAAGGAAUAGUCUGCUUAGUAAUUGAAGGUAGAAAUUGUAUAAAACGAUCCAAAAUUUUAUGCGGCCCUUCUUUAUCUAUUAGCAGUUAUGAUGACAUACCAGAAAAUUGCUUAAAAAAAAAAUAUGGAACAAGUAAAAUGAGAAAUGCUGUGCAUAUCCCUAAUGAUAAUAACAUAGAUAAAGAAAUAGAAUUGUUCUUUAAUGAUGAAGACUUUAAAUGUGAAAAAGGAAUUUUAAUAAUUAAAAAAAAAAUAUUAAAUUCAGAAUAUUUAUUUAGUUUAAGAGAAUAUUUAAAUUAUUAUGGAUUUCGUAUAUUAGAAGAGAAAAUAAUUUUAAUGAGUGAAAAUAUUUUAAAAAUUUUACCUGUAGAAAAAAAAAAAAACAUAGAAGAUUUAAAUGAUAAAGAAUUUAUAAUUAUUGUUAUCUCUAGAACUAACUGUAUUACUUGUUUAGAAUACUUAAUUGGACUAAAUAAUGUUAAAGAAUCAAAAAUGAAAAGACCAAAUAGCAUUAAAAGUGUAUUUUGUAAAAAUGAUGAUGAUAUUAUAUUUAUCAAGGAUAAAAAAAAAAUAAAUGAGUUAAUAAAAAUUUAUUUUAAUUUUGAAAAAUAUAAUGACAUUAUUACAAUUGAUAACAUAAAAAAUUUUAUAUUCUGCAAAAGUGUUACUAAUUUUUGCAAGCCAGAAGAAAAUAUAAAAUUAACUAAUGUGCUAAUGGAAUGUUUUACUAAAAUUUGUAAAUUGAAACCCGAUGAAAAUUCAGUUAUACUAUGGUUAAGUAAAUGGUUUGAACAAAAAGAGCGAGAAAUUAAAGAAAUUACUAAAAAAAAAAACGAAAUAAAUAAGAAAGACGAAACUUUUAAUUUAUUAAAAAAAAAAGAAAAAAACUCUCCAAAUAUAAAAGAAAUAGAAAAUAAAAAUGUUAGUGAAAUAAAUAAUUUUGAUAAUUCAUUAAAAUUAACUGACGAUAUUAAAUUGCAACAAAAAUAUAAAAAAGUUAUUAUUAUACCUGAUGUGUAUGAAGAUCUUGUAUCAAAAGAAGAUAAUGAAAAAAUAAAAUUUAAAAUUAUAAAACAUUUUGAAAAAUUAAAUUCCAUUAAUUUAAGUUUUAAUGAAUUAUGUAAAAAAGAAGAAAAAAAAAAUUCUCUACUAGGAAAAAAAAUAGAAUAUACAAAAAAAAAAUAUAAGCAUUUAACAUUAGAUUUAAUAAAAAGAAUAUUAAAAGAAAAUUUAGAAAGAAAUAAGAUAUUUAAUAAUUAUAUAUUAACUGAUUUUAUGAAAAUUAUAGAUCCUACAUAUUUAACAGAUGAAAAUAUAAUACCUUGUUCAUUUUGUUUAAUAAUUUAUAGAGAAGAAGGAAAAAGUGGAAAAAAAGAAGAUAGCAAUGUAGUAAAUGAAAAAUAUAAUUCUUUUUUAAAUUUUCUAAAUAAAAAUGACAAGAAUAAUAAUUACAUAAGAAAUUUUUUAAAAAAAGGAAAGCUUCUGAUUUAUAGAUAUAACUUUAUAGAAUUUAUAAAAAACUUUCAAAAUGAGCUUUUAAUUUUUUAUGGAAUAAAUGUAAAUCAUAUAAAAAAUAUAAUUAAUUUUCUUUCAUCUAGCUACAAUUAUUAUUAUAUAGACCAUCUGAAGUUAAUUAAAGAAGAAGAAAAAAAAAAAUAUUUAAAUAAUAGAAAUAUGAAUGAAAAUUCAGAUUUAUUCUUUUCUUUUUUUGUUGAAAAAUUUAAUAUGUUAAUAAGUAAAGAUUAUAAAAAAUUUAUUAUAUGCAAUUUUCUUUUUAGUAUGGAGCAUAUAAAUAUAUUAGAAAAAAGAUUUAAUACUAAUGUAAAACUUUUUUAUUUUAAAUGCAAAAUUGAUAAAAAUGUAAUCGACAUAAAAGACAAACAAAAACAGCUAUUUGAAAUAGUUUGUAAGAAAAAAAAAAAUGAUAGUCUCAAAAAUAAAAUACAUGAAUUUUUUAUUAAAAAUCCAAAAAUAAAAGAGAAACAAUUGUUUACAUUUAAUAUAAAAAAUAAAAAUGAACAAAUUGAUAAAUCAGUGGAUUAUUUUUUUGAUAUAUUGAGGGUAGUAAAAACGAAAAUUAUAAUUAUUUGUAAUUUAACUAUGAAAAAUGUAGAUUUUAUUGGAUUAUAUCUUCAAUUUCAGUUUCCUAAUGUUGUCUUUUGUGACUUAAAUUUUAUUGACGAACUUGAUAUGCAAAACAAUAAAGAAAAUAAAAUAGGAGAAUUCAUUGAUGAUGUAUUUUAUGAAAAUAAUUAUAAAAAUAAUGAUAACCAAGAUAAAUGUAAUAAUAAACAAAGAACAAAUGAUAUAAUAAGUAAAAUGAAAAAUUUUUGUUCUAAAAUCAAUGCAACCUAUUUCGUUUUUUCUAGUUUCCCUAGUGAUUUAGAGUACGAAGAUUAUGAAAAAUUAAAUUUUUUUUUUGAUAUAAAACUAUGUAUACUAGUUAUUGAGAAUGCUUAUUUUUUAAAAAAUUUAGAAAUUUCAAAAGUUAAAGAAUAUCCUUUUUCUUCUAUAUUUUUCUUUCUUUAUAACAAAGGAAAUUUGUUAAUAAUUGAAGAAGAUGAAAAAAAAGAAAAUAAUUUUAAACUUAGUAAAGAUUUAAAAGGUUUAGGUAAUGACAAUGUACUUACUAGUUGUGAGAAAGAAAAAUGUGAAAUAAAAAACAGUUCUAAAAGUGAAGUUGCUGUAAUAAAUAACAGUCAUAAUAUUAAUAAUAAUGAUAAGGUUAUCAAUUAUAAUACAAAUAUGUGCAAUGAUAAAGUAAAUAUAGAAGAAAAUACUGAAAUAGAAUUCCAUGAUGAAAUGAAAAAAAAAAUUUUAAAAAAAAUUGAAGAUAGAAUUAAACCAAAGUUGAUUUGUUAUUAUAUGCCAGACAAGUAUAAUUUAAAAAAAUUUUUAAAAAAAAUAGUGAAUAAUAAAACUAAAGAAUUAUUUCAUUGUAUAUUUUAUGAAGAUGUUAUGAAGGAAUUUGUCUCAAUAAAUGAAAGAAAAUCUCAAAAUUUUCUAAAUAAACUAAUACAAGAUAUAAAAACAAACAAGUGGAAAAUGCAAAAUGAAAUAUAUAUAAAAUAUAUAGAAUUUAUCUUAAAAAAUUCAAGCAAAUAUCUAUUUUCAAAUAUUAUUUUACACAAUAUGCCUCAUUUUGAAUAUUUGAAUGAUAAUAUCACAGAAAAUUUUUCUAAUUUAUCAGAAUUCACAAAAGUUAUUCAGUUCAUCUAUUUUACAAAAGAAGAAAAAAUGAUAACUGAAAAUAAAAGAUGUACUAUUUUAAAUGAUCAAAUGAUAUUUCAUUAUAAUCAAGAAGAAUGUAAUCCUUCUUUUAAAAAUAAUCAAAUGGAUAUGGAAAGAGGAAAUUCCAACGUAAAUGGAGAACAUUUUGAAAAUGAAAAUAAAAGUAACAAUCAUAAGAAAUAUGUAAAUGAAGAAAUUGUAAAUGAAGAAAUUGUAAAUAAAAAAUCAAAUGUUUUAAAUAAAAAUGAAUUUGAUGCAGAAGAUAAUGAAGUAAAUAAUGAGCAUACAGAAAAAAAUAGUGAAGGAGAAAACAAUGAAGAAAAAAAAAGUGAGGAAAAAUGUGAAAGAAAAAAAAAUGAAGAUGAAAAAGGGAAAUAUAAUAAAAAAGCUGAAGAUAUAAAAAACAUUUUAUUAAAAAAAUAUUCGGAUAUUGAAUUCACUAGAAUUUUUAUAAAUAAAAACAUUCCAUUUAAUAUUAGUAAUCCUUUUUGUCCCAAAAUUAUAAUUCUAUUUAUUCCUCAAAACGAAUAUUUACAGUUUUAUUUAUCAUCUCUAGUAUGUUUUAAUUUAAAAAAUUUUAAAUCUAUUAAUACAACAAGUUUAAUGUAUGAAGAGAUAAUAAAAGAAAAAAUAAAAAAUAAAAUAAUGUAUUUUAAAAAUCAUAAAAUGAAUGGAAAAAAUGUUAAUUUUAAUAUAGACAAAAGAAAGUUAUUGAAGAAAAUUUUUAAAUCUUUAUUUGAUAAAAUAAAAAAUUCAGAUAGUAACAUAUUAUUAACAGGGUUACCUAUUGUAAAAAAGAAAUAUAAUAAUAGUGAUUAUUUUUAUCAGUUCAAUUUAUUUAAGUCGUUCAAAAUUCAUGGAAUAAUAUCCCUCUUUUUUGAUGAUAAUUAUCUAGAAACUUUUUCAUCAAAUAAAAAUAUAUGCGAAGAGAAAUAUAAUGAUAUAUUAGAACUAAUAAAAAAAGAAUUUAGUCAUAAUCAUAAAUUAUAUUCAGAAAAAGUAAUUAACAAUAAUGAUUUAAAAUAUGUAUUAAAUGACAUUAAAAAUCAAUUUUCUUUUUAA